GUGGGCGUUGCAAUAUGUUUAAAAUACACAUGAUGUAAACAAACUGCCACUAUUCAGUAAUUAAUCAAGUGAAUAAAGAUAAUUCAAUGUAUUUUAAUAAUAACAGUGAGUUGAAUUACUCUUCUUGGGAAGGUUUUCCUCGACGGACGCAGUAAGGGACCCGCGAGUGACCGCAGGAGAUGCCACUAUCGGCUGCGCAUGCCAGUGACAAACUCGCACUAAAGUUGUAUCCUGUGUGGCUCCACGGUGCGCGUGUGUGCUCGAGGGAAACUGCAAAGCGGCAGCAGCGACCGUCGUUCCAUCGCCAACACCGAGUGUAUCCGAGCCGCUGACCGACCGGGGGACCCAGGGAUACAAAACAAGCCCAUCAGCUCUCUGGACCAAAGUUUUUUUUUUAGAGCUAACAAAAAUAAGGCAGAAGCAAAAUAGCUAACCUGAAAUGGCGACGGCUAUAUACCUUGAGCAUUACCUUGACAGUAUUGAAAACCUCCCGUGUGAGCUGCAGAGGAACUUCACGCUGAUGCGAGACUUGGACAACAGGACUGAAGAAAAGAAAGGAGAAAUCGACAAGCUGGCUGAAGAGUACGUUGUGAAAGUGAAGAACUUUGCCUCUGAGCAGAGAGUGGAACAUCUGCAGAAGAUCCAGAACGCCUACAGCAAGUGCAAAGAGUUCAGCGAUGACAAAGUUCAGCUGGCAAUGCAGACGUAUGAAAUGGUGGACAAACACAUCCGCAGACUGGACGCAGACCUCGCUCGCUUUGAGAACGAGCUGAAGGAGAAGCUGGAACUGAGCGGCUACGAAAGUACGGAAGGGAGAAGCGUGAAAAAGACGGAGACUCGCGGCCUGAGAGACAAACGAGCCUCCAGGGGAAGAGCAAAGAAGGCCUCUGAUGAAGACUCUCCCAAGAAGAAAAAGAUCAAAAACAGCCCCGAGCUGAGCGACGGCCUCCUGCCGAUGCAGCCCUCGGACGUGUUGGACAUGCCGGUGGACCCCAACGAGCCGACGUACUGCCUCUGCCACCAGGUGUCCUACGGAGAGAUGAUCGGAUGCGAUAACCCCGACUGUACGAUCGAGUGGUUUCACUUCGCUUGUGUCGAUCUCGCCUCAAAACCCAAAGGAAAAUGGUUUUGUCCGCGUUGCACCCAAGACAAGAAGAAGAAAUGAGACUUCCUGCUUCCAGAGAUCCGUCAAGAGUAACUCGUCUAUUUUAAACUUUCUCACCUUUUUGUCUCCAAGUCACUGAAAUCAAAAUAGUGCAGAGCUAUUAACUUAUUGACUAUUUGUUAUUCAGACCUUCAUCACUUUACUAAGAGACUUAACGUGAAAACAGGCAUCACGCCGCUAAACAUGCAGCGAAGAAUCCUCAGCGCCAACCUGCGUGUCUGAGGACGUCAUGGGAGGAGCCUUACAGACCCGUUCUGUUGCCAUGGCGUCCUCAGGUUGUCAAAGGUUUUGCGCACUCAUAACUCAACAUUUAGAAGAUGUCAACAAUGUGGACGACGCCUGACGUCUCCCUGAGGUUUCAACAACGAGGCUCCAGAGACAAAGCAGGAGAGACUUGUGCUUUCUUCUCAGUGGGUCGUUUCCUUCAUGACGACAGAUGUUAACAACAAGUCUGUUGGAGGAUUAAAACCACGUUUGCUCCAGAAGAUUCACCGAGGCGUCGCUACAUCGACACUGUUUCAAAAUGUCUUUUCCACAAUAAUCUAAGACAAAAACAUGAAAAUAAGAUCCAAGUUAGAAAAUACCGACGUUACUCUUUAACUAAUAAUGUAUGUGUUGCUGUUCUAUGUAUGUAUAUAUCUAUAUGUCUCCACGGGCUCGGUGGGUCGUGCUGCUCAAUAAGAGCGACAGCUGUUAUUUUACCGACCAAUCAGAACGUCCGUCCUCUCCAAUCGAUCAUUAACAUGCAUCAAAUCUCCCAUCGGGGCUCCACCGACUUGAACUUUUCUAAAGAAAUAUUUUCUAAAAUAAUGAACAGCCUGCUGAAAGAUUUUCAAUUAAAAAUAAAGAAAAGGAAAAAAUACCAAGAUAAAUGAUAUUUAUGAUUUUCAGUUGACAGACUUUUUAUGGUUGAAAUGUAUCAGAUACCAGUGGGAAAAAAGAAAAAAGGACGCGUUUUGAUUAAAACCAAACAAGACAAAGCGGGUUCUGGAUUGUCAAAGACUGUGACAUUGUUGAAUGUAUUUUGGUACUAAUGUCCACACGAUGACGUAUUUAAGCACUUUGAAUGAAGCGAUUUCAUCAUAAUCAUAUAGUUUCUCUUUUAAAGCUUCCCCACACAUAAAAUACACAUAUAUGUGUUUUGUAUGAUGAAAAACUAUAUUUUGUGGACACCACUUUACCAAAGAUCUGUAGGUUUGGACACAUUUAGUCAAUUUAAUAAAGCGUGUCCAAACUUUAGCCCACAUAUAUAUUAUGUAUAAAUCGGUUGUGUUGGUUGGCGGGAGACUCUUAUUUUGAUAGGAUUCUAUGUGAAUAACACGUUGGGUGUAAAGCCACAAAAUAAACGAGCCAAAGUCUUUGUAUUUAGAAAAAUUCAGUAUUUUAUAACAAAUAAAUAUCCACUAUUAUU